GCCCCAAGAAUCUCAUAUUUGUAUCCUCGCCGCCGUUUCAAUGCGGAAAACUGUAUUUCGAGCAUAGGUACAAUCCUGUUGUGUCUGCAAGAUGCCUGCUGAAAGUUCAAGGUGGGAUACGCUUGAAGCCUUGAAAAAAUCCGCGAAAGGGAAACUAAAAUAUAACACACAUUGGGGACAAGAUGGGGAGGAUAUUCUGUCUGAGUGUGAUGCUCCACCAAGCCUAUCCCCUCUUUCUGGGGUGUUCCUGAAACGGCUGAGUAACCGGCCCUUGCAGAAGACCUGCUCCCUCGGCUCUCCUUCCCGUGACUCCAGCCCAGGUCAAUCUGAGGAUGUGCUUGUGUCCAGUUCUGCGCCAACCAGCCCUCGCCUCCUCGCCCCGGCUCCACAGUCUCCCCUGGCCUCUCCUCCUCAGUCUCCCCUCACCUCUCCGCCUUCACCCUCUAGUUCAGAGGUCAAGGAAGAAGAGAACACACAGGAUCAGGAGAUAGCUGGUGGACCCAGCCCAGAGCUCAGUUCUGCCCCCAGCCCUACUCCACCCCCCACCAUCUCCUUGCUGUCACCCCGGGCUACUCAGAUGGCAGGCUGCAUCCGUGUCUGUGAGGAGAAGCAUCGUGCCAAAGCCAAGGUGGUGUUGAGUGCCAGGCAGGAGCUGCAGGAACGGCUGGUGGAAACUGUGGCCAGCCGGGAGUCUGAGCAGAUGAAGCGCUUUGAGGAAUAUAUGGAGUUAAAGCAGAGACAAGAGUACCAGAGCAUGCGGGACAUGAUGGAAAAAGAGACUCAGGAGAGUAUGGGCCGCCAGGAAAAGCUGAAGGAGGAGCAGAGGCACAGGAUGAAGAUCCUGAACUUGCGUCUGCGAGAGUUGGAGCAGCAGCGCCUGCGGGAGGCGGAGCUGGAGCGGCAGCGGCAGGCAGAAGGCAGGGAGAGGCUGCGCACGCUCAACGCCGUCCAGGAGGAGGUGCUGCAGCUCAACCAGCAGCUGCAGCCCUCUGCUCCAUCUCAGGCCUCGCCCACCCCUGACCUGGCCUCCUACACUACACGUGGCAACCAGCUGUGCUCGCAGGUUUCCGAGGUUAUACGCACUACAGCUGAGGGGCAGUUCCCCAGCAUAGAGGAUAUGGCUGUGGCUGACCGGGCCUUGCAGGACAUGAGGGCUCUGGUGAGGGCCAUGCAGCUGGAGGCUGCCCAGGCCCAGGAGAAGAGGAGGAAGGACGAGGAAGAGGAGAAAGAGCGCAGGAAGCAGGCAGAACUGCAGGCUCAGCUGGAGGAGCAGAAAAAAAGUGCUGCGCUCUCUGCCAAGGAGAAAGCCAGAAAAAAGGGGCUGCAGAUAAAAGCAGAAGAAAGCACUCUCAAAUGGUACCAGGAGUUGCAAGAUUCUGCAAACCAGUGUGCACUGUCAUUUGAAGACCUCAACAACACCAAAGAUCAGCAGAGUAAAAGGCUAAAGAUGGAGCUUCAGAAGGCAGCCUCAAUCCCCGUCAGCCAGAUCUCCAGGACCUCAGGCUCCAAGUUGAGGGAAAUCUUUGACAAGAUUGACACGGUGCUAUCUGGACGUUCAAUGCAGUCAGGCGGCAAGUCGAUCUCUGCUUCCCAGCAUCCACACGGCCUGGCCUUUGUCAGCUAUAAACUAGCUGAGAAGUUUGUGAAACAAGGAGAGGAGGAGGUGGCCUCACAUCAUGAGGCUGCAUUCCCGAUUGCUGUGGUGGCUUCGGGGGUGUGGGACCUGCACCCCAAGGUGGGGGACCUCAUCCUGGCCCACUUGCACAAGAAAUGCCCUUAUUCUGUGCCCUAUUAUCCCCCCAUGAAGGAUGGCACAUCAGUGGAGGAGUAUCAGAGGAUCCUGGGAUACCGAGUGGAUGACUCAGGAGUGGAAGCGCAAGACAGCUUCCUCAAAAGAAUGUCAGGGAUGAUCCGACUCUAUGCUGCCAUCAUACAGCUGAGAUGGCCCUAUAACAAACAGGGGCCUGCGCCUCAUGGUCUGAACAAUGGCUGGCGCUGGCUGGCCCAGAUGUUGAACUUGGAGCCCCUGGCUGAUGUCACAGCCACCCUUCUUUUUGACUUUCUGGAGGUGUGUGGCCAUGCCCUGAUGAAGCAGUACCAAGGACAAUUCUGGAAACUGAUCUUUCUUAUUAAGGAGGAGUACUUUCCCAGAAUCGAGGCGGUUACCAGCACAGGCCAGAUGGGCUCUGUGAUGAGACUCAAGCAGUUCCUUGAGAGUUCUUUGAGGCGCAAAGAUAUUCCUCCCCCGAAAGGUCAGCUAAGCUCCUCUUUCUGGAGGACUUGAAUUGGUGAGGGAGGGAGGGAGGAACAGGAAACGCCCAUAACUGAGAACAUCUGGCCAGCACAGCUGGAGGAAUGACAGUCUUCAUCCCAGUGACGCCCAGUGUCUCGAGAUACCGUGAUAAUGUAUUUAGUUCCGUCCAGAAAUGACACUAUGGCAGAAAUUAAUCUGCGUUGCAUCUGUGAAGUGUUAGUUUCUUCAUGCAGUUUUUAUCUGGCAUAUGCUCAUCAUGGAUGUAACAUGUAGAAAGCCUUGCUCAUGUUAUUACUUUGUUUUUGGCACAGUCAUGGUUGUGUCAGGCGUAGAGAAUUAACUGAGGGUUUUAGAUUGCACUUGUUUUUUUGUUUUGUUUUUUUUUCUUCUCAGAAGAAAUUUGGUGAAAUGACAUUUAUGUUAUUGGAGAGCGGGAUUCUGUCUGGUGCUGUUCGAUGAAUUACAUGAAGUGCAUCUGAAGACAAAUUUAUUUGUCUUAACCUCAAAUUUUAAUUUGACAAAACUUGAAAUGUAUGCAGUGCAAGUUUGCUUUGGAAUUUUAUAUUACUAUGUCUGUUCUAAAGUAGACCAUUGCCUGAAUGAACGCUAAUGAAUAUGUACCAUUUGUUCAGUUUGCAAAAUGCCAUUUCUGUUUUUUCUUAUGUAACAUUUUAAUUUUUUAAUCAAUUAUUCUCACGAACCACAGUAUCCUCUCUACAAAAGCCAUACAGUGUCACAGAUUAAUAUGUACUACAUCAUAUCAGGUAAUUUAUUGUGUUAUAAAGCUGUACAUUAGUUGUAAGCAAUUAUCAUUAUGUCAUGUAAUAUAUUUGUCCAAAGAACAAUUUACCUGAAAGCCUUGUAUAUUGAUGCAUACUUUUUAUAUAUAGUGUGUGAAUUAAAUAUGCAAACCAAGUGCA